UGCUCUGGUUUGUGCUCAAAAUAAAAUAAAAAUACUGAAAAAUACCAAGCAAAGUUUUUUUAGAAUUUAAGUUUUGUUAAAUUUAUAAUUGUUAAGCGCAUUUAAUUGCCAACAAUUUAUGACAUUUUUAUGGUGUUGAAAAGUUGUUAACAAUAAAAACCGGCAAAAUUUACUCCCGCAGGCGAUUUCGUAGAAUAUUGAUAAUGACACUGGUGGGAUUGGCGGCACGCAAACUUUCAAUCAAAAAACGCAAUGCCAAGUUAGCAGCUGCUUUUCCUAAUGGCGUACGUUGCCAAAAAUGUUUGGAAUUUGGCCAUUGGUCAUACGAGUGCAAGGAGAAACGUAAAUAUGUACAUCGCACUUCACGUACUAAGCAGUUAAACAAAAAGGUACAGGAAAAAGUGGCGGAACAGCAAAACAAUGGUAAUGUUGGUAACGAAACGAGCGUAACAUCAUUAAAAAAGAAACAAAAACCCCGGCAUUCGUCGUCUGGCUCCUCUAGCGGUUCUUCAAGUUCCGACAGCGAAUCUGAUUCAUCUUCUGAUGAUUCAGGAUCCUCAGAUUCAGGUUCCUCAUCUGAUUCCAGUUCAUCUUCGGACAGUGAAUCUGACAGUUCCAGCGAUACUGAUGGCUCCGACUCCUCUUCAUCGGGCAGUUCUUCAAGCAGCUCCGAUGAGGAAGAUGAUACAGCACCACCAAAGAAUAAGAAAUCUAAACAAACAUCCGACAGUUCUUCAGAUUCUUCGGAAAAUGAACAGGACAUUUAAAAGUCACGGGAAUAAUACAUAACAGACAACAUUGAAGCGUAGUAAUAAAUAUUAGUUAAGCCCAAGAGAGUUAGUUUGAAAUUUUAAUGAAUUCAAAAAGUAUCUAAAAUUACUUUUGCACUCAAUACUAACUCUACUUGGAAAUAUUAGAAGCUUUAGUAGUUUAGGUUAAAUUUCAAGUCGUUUUUACUAUAUUAUUUUCUGACAAAAACAAGAUUGAAAAAACUGAUUGGAAAACAAAUUUUCACCUUCUCUUUUUAAGAACCUAUAACUUAUUAGGGAAUUUAUAUAAUGAUAACAUCAAAAAUCAAUUAUCACCUAAAGUAUCUUAAAAUAAUAGCAAUGGUUUCAUUUUUUAUACUUACAUACACCUAUCAAAUUGAAAUACACAUUAUUUAUCCAACACACCAACUCAGGAUUCCACUUUUAAAUACGGUUUUAUGAGGUUUUAAAAAUUUUUCCUUAUACUUUUUGUCUUGCCUUUUUUUUAGGCCAGAAGGUCUGCUUUUAAGUAAAACGUCUUUUAUUGAAUGUUCUUUUAAUUAUUUUUGUAAAUGAAUUGAUUUAUUUUCACAAGUUUAUUUUAAAAUAUAGUAGAAAUAAAAUUAGAAUAUUUUAAUGAAUUUGUUUAAAAACUAAAAUGUAUCCAUUUUAAACUUUGGUAAUACGUUAAUCUUAGUUUUAUUAAUAAUAAAUGUAAAAUGUAUUUAAUCAAAAAGUAUAA